UUCACUUUUAGCCGUUGUCACCAUACGAUAUCAGUCAAUUGAGCCGAGAUUGAACUGAACUGGAUACAAGGUCUGAUUCCCUGGCAUAGACGUAUACCUUUCCACCAACUGUUUGUCUUGUUUGCCCGGUUGAAAUGUCCGCACCACCUUCGUCAUCCCUCGUGAGAAAGAUCUAUCGAGCCUGUAGAAGCUCGCUUGCUGAGCCUGACCUGUCGCUGAACCUUGCGGUUGCUGACUACAUCAAUGAGAAGCAAGGCAAUGCACCACGUGAAGCUGCUAAGACUGUGGUGAACCUCGUCAAUUCUAAGGACACCCACACUGCCAUCUUUGCGCUGACCCUGUUGGACGUGCUGGUGAAGAACUGUGGGUAUCCGUUCCACCUACAGAUCUCCAGAAAGGAGUUCCUGAACGAACUGGUGAAGAGGUUCCCGGAGAGACCACCUUCAAGAUACUCCAGAGUGCAGAAGAUGAUCCUCGGUGCCAUUGAAGAGUGGAACCAGACGAUCUGUAAGACUUCGAGACACAAGGAGGACCUCGGGUUCAUCAGAGACAUGCACAGACUGCUGACUUAUAAGGGGUACAUCUUCCCAGAGGUCAAGCCUGAAGAUGCCUCAGUGUUGAACCCAUCUGACAAUCUGAAGUCCAUCGAGGAGGUUCAAAGAGAGGAACAGCUGGCUCAAUCUGCAAAGCUACAAGAGCUGGUUAGACGUGGUAGACCUCAGGACCUGAAAGAGGCCAACAAGCUGAUGAAGAUCAUGGCUGGGUUCAAAGACGACACCAUUGUGGAGAGUAAAGCGAGAGUUGCGGAGGACUUGGAUAGACUGAAGAGAAAGGCCGAUGUGUUCAGCGAGAUGCUUCAGCAGUCCACCAACUCUGGCCAGUUCGAUCCUAACGAUGAGACAUUGGUUGAGCUCUUCAGUGCUUUGAAAGUUGCCCAGCCAAAGAUCCAAAAGAUCAUCACAGAGGAGCAGGACGACCCAGAUGCGGUGCAAAACUUGCUACAGCUGAACGACUCUGUGAACCUGCUUGUUGAUAAGUUCAACUUGCUGAAGGCUGGCGAUUUGACUAAUGCUUCAAAGAUCAAGGUUGCUUCGAAUGGCUCAGGCGUGCAACAGUCCUUGAACCUGAUUGACUUUGACGAUGACGACUCAGCCACGGCAACUCCACCACCUCAACAACAAGGUACCACUGUUGACGACCUCUUGGGUGAUUUGAACUCGUUAUCGUUCAACAACCCUCCACAGGCCAAUUACGGACUCGGUGGUGAUAUCUCGCUUGGUGCAACAUCACCACCACCACAAUCUUUAAGCCCACAACAAUCUUCAGGACCAAACUACGACAUCUUUGCACAGUUGUCCCAGCCUUCCACUUCGUCGCCUUCUGUUGCAGCCUCUGCUCCAUCAUUUGAUCUCUUGAGUGGAUUCUCUCAACCUCAACAACAACAACAGCCACAGCAGCAGCAGCCACAACCACCACAGCCAUCGCUCAAGCAGAGAACAGUGGUCAACGAGUCACAGCACUUGAAGUUUGAAAUCGACGUUUCUAAGCACUCAGACAACUUCAUCUCUGUCAAGGCCUUCUUCACGAACUUGGGUGCCAUUCCACUGACAAACUUCCAAUUCUUAAUCGCAGUUCCAAAGUCCUUAACCUUGACUUUGGAUCCUCAAGUUGGCUCCUUUAUCCCAAGCUUUGGUAAAGAUUCAGUAACCCAAUCUUUCAAAAUUGCUUCACAGCAGGGCUCUAUUCCUUCAUGGAAGAUCAAAUGGAAGGUGAACUACUCAAUCAACGGCUCCCCAAUUGAGGAGACAGCAACUUAUACAAUAACAGUCUAA